AUGGCGACAUCGGAGCCGCAGAAAGCAACUGAAACUGAAGAUCAACCCACCGAGAGUUCAGCCAUUGCGACCUCAGAGCAGGACAUCAAGCACCCUUUGCAAAACAGGUGGGCUUUGUGGUAUUUUAAAAAUGACAAGAGCAAAAGUUGGACAGAAAACCUACGUCUGAUUUCAAAGUUUGACACAGUGGAAGAUUUUUGGGCGCUAUACAACCACAUACAGCAACCUAGCAAACUCGGAUUUGGCUGUGAUUAUUGCUUAUUUAAGGAUGGGAUCAAACCCAUGUGGGAGGACGACAGGAACAAGCUGGGUGGCCGGUGGCUCAUGACCCUCAACAAGCAACAAAGACACAACGAUCUGGACCGCUACUGGAUGGAGACGCUAUUAUGUUUAGUAGGAGAGUCGUUUGACGAGGCAAGUGAGGACGUGUGUGGCGCCGUGGUCAAUGUGCGGCCUAAGGGAGACAAGAUUUCCAUUUGGACCAGUAACUGCCAAAACAGAGACGCCAUCAUGACGAUAGGGCAGCAGUACAAGGAGCGGCUGAACAUCCCCAUUAAAGCCCUGCUCGGAUACCAAUCCCACGACGAUACCCAGUCUAGACUCACCCAGGCCCCAGACCACGUGUUGCAGAAGUGGGGCUCACAAAUGCACCAGCCUAAGAAUCUCCACUGUUAA